AUGGUUCGCCUAUUGAAGUAUGCUAGCGCCGGCGCCCUGCUGGUCGCUUCCGUAAACGCCAACUAUGCUACGACCUCUUAUCCCGAGGAGGAUGACUGCCCUCCCGACUCUGAGACCGAGUCCUACAGCGCUACCUCGGCCCCUUACCCUACCAACUCCUCUUCUGCCGCUGGGUACCCCGUCAUCACCCCUUCUUCCUCAGCUGGAUAUCCGGUUGCCUCAUCGACCAGCUCCGAAGAGGACGACUGCCCCCCGGAGACCGAGUCCGAAUCCUAUAGCGCCACUGGCUACCCCACGGCGUCUUUCGGCACUGGAUACCCGACCCUGAGCGUUUCUGCUCCCUCCUACCCUACUGGUAGCAAGUCUGAGAGCGACUCUUACCCUGUCUACCCUACCGGAUCUGGCAGUGUUUCUGUUCCCUCAUACCCUACUGGUAGCAAGUCUGAGAGCGGCUCUUAUCCCGUCUAUCCUACUGGAUCUAAGAGUGCUUCUGUUCCCUCUUAUCCUACCGGUGGCCAGUCUGGAAGUGUCUCCAUCCCCUCUUACCCAACAGGUGGUAAAUCUCCGAGUGUCUCUAUUCCCUCAUACCCGACUAGCAACCAGUCUGAAAGCAGCUCUUACCCUGUCUACCCUACCGGAUCCGAGAGUGCUUCUACUCCCUCGUACCCUACUGGUGGCCAGUCGGAGGUUACCUCUUACCCUGUCUACCCUACUGGAUCUAAGAGCGCUUCCGCCCCUGUCUACCCGACCACCGGUAUCAACACUUAUCCUGGUGACUCAACUUUGACCAAGUACACAACUCUGAUCUCUACGAUCACCUCGUGCGCCCCCAGUGUCACCAACUGCCCCGUUGGAUCAGCUACCACCAUCGUUGUUCCCUACCCUUCGGCAACCUACCCUGCCGCUUCUCCCUCUUAUCCCGCAGGAUCCCCCUCUUAUCCUGCUGGAAGCCCGUCUUACCCUGCUGAGACUCCUUCUUCCCCGGCUGAGACCCCCAAAUACCCUAGCCAACCGGGCCCCUCAUAUCCCGCAGAGGCUCCCUCAUCGCCUGCGGGAUAUCCUUCUUCCCCUGCCGAGACUCCUUCCUACCCGGCUGAGACUCCCUCUUACCCGGCUGAGACUCCCUCUUACCCUGCCGGGACACCCUCCUCUCCUGCAGGCUCACCCUCCUCUCCUGCAGGCUCACCUUCUUAUCCUGCCGGAAGCCCGUCUUACCCUGCUGAGACUCCUUCUUCCCCGGCUGAGACCCCUGCGUAUCCCACCGAGGGCAACACCCAGCCGGCUCCCACCUACCCCGCUGAGACUCCUAGCCAGCCGGCCGCUACUUACCCUGCUCUCUCCACCGGCCCUGCAACUCUAUCCACUGUCUAUGGCAACACAACUUCCAGUGUCACAAGCCAGACUGCUGGAUACCCUACCGGAGAGGCCUCUUCGACCAACCCAGCUCCCACUGCUAUCCCUACUGCCGGUGCUGCCAUCGCGGGAUCAAGCGCUACCGGUGCUCUGAUCGCAUUUGCCGCUGUCUUCUUCGGCCUCUUCUAA